AUGUACGUACGCAGGACAGUUAGAUCGUUAUUGAUAUAUCUGUUGCUGUGUUACGGCAAAAAGUUCAUUGAUGCGGAAGAAUUUGAUAAAAGAAAACGGAUUUCACUAUCACAAGAGUCAUUAACAUCCAAUCAACAACGUUCAAAUUCACAUAAUGAACGAUCGCAUCAAUCAGCUUUAAAUGUAACACAACUAUCACAUCACUGUAACGAUUCAAAUUCACGUAGAAUCAGUAUCCCGGAGGGGUUAUUAGUACAAGCCCAAAACCAAAACAAUAACACAAACAAACACAUAUUAUACAACGGACACCACGGAGAUAAAAACCGUAAAAAAGAUAGUUUAAUCAGCCAAAGGUCAAGAGAUUCGGAAGCAGAAACUUCUUCAAUUUCUUCAUAUACAACGAGCAGUAAGUCAGAGCGACGAAGCCAAUAUAGAAGAAAACCCUCGGACGAAACAAGCCACUCAAGCUCAGAAGAAUCCAAAAAGGGGUCACAAUGCCAGAUGAAGAGAAGAGGCUCAGAAUAUUUCCUGACGGUCGACAUUGACGCUAAAGUAAGCAGCCCCUAUAUAGUAUACGAGAGGGAUGCUUUGAAUAACACGGAAACAUUCAGAGCAGUGAGCCCGUACCUGAUAGAUAUGGUCAAGAGCGGUGACGAAGUGUUGUGGACCCCCAACGAAUGUAUCUUUUCAGAUAAGGUGCUUAUUAGGCACGACGAACAAGGAAAUCCGAUUCUGAGAGUAUAUUAUCCAGAGUUAGAAGAGCAAGUGAGUGAGACGUCGAGUGGAUUUGGUGUAGCAGACACCACACCAGAACCGGGAGAACCAAUCCCAACCUUUGAAACCGAAGGAUACCUAGCACCAAUAGAAGAGCAUCUGGACGCACUGAGCGCAAUCACCGAAGACGAGUCGGUCAAACUCAUAGCCCUGGACGUCAAUAAAACAUACACCACGAGCAAGGUGAUUCACAAGGUGGAAAUCGACGGCUCGCAGACACUGACGUGUAAAAUGGGAUAUUUGAUAUAUAAGGUGCUAGAAGGAGAUACAGAACUGUGGAAACACCAAGAAGGAGAGUACCCAUAUAGGGUGAUAAUUGGAGUUAACUACCAAGGAGCAAAGGUGGUAGAUAUAAGGUUCCCAGGAGACGAACUCUUAGUGGCACUCGACGUAACAUACACCAGCUCAACUAAGGAGAUAAUAUACCUAGUAGAGCCGGACGGAACAGAGUCCUUCAAUUGUAGACCAGGAUUCCUAAUAAGUAAAAUAACAAAAGGAAGUAAAUACGUGUGGGAAGGAAAAGAACCGCCGUAUUCAGAUAGAGUUGUGCUGUAUUACGACGAAAAAGGAGUAAAAAAUGCCUAUGUACAAUUUUACAAGGAAUAUCGUGAGCCACCACAAUUAACAGAAGUAUAUGAAUACAUAGAGACAAGAAGACAAGAACCAAUAGAAUAUGUCACAGUAGAUAUAAAUGAAAAAAGAAGUAGUUCGAGGAUAGUAUUCAUAAGAAAUGUUAGAAGAAAUAGAAACAUAUACACAGCAAUUAGCCCACACCUAAUAGAUACAGUUAAAAGCGGUACAAAGGUGUUAUGGAAGGCGAAGGAUAAUAUCUAUUCAGACAAAGUGCUUAUAAGACAUGACGAAAAAGGAAGUCCAGUACUGAGAGUGUAUUACCCACGAGACUAUGAAAGAGAGUACGAACACGCAACAACAGCAAUAGUAAGAAGUAUCAAAGAGGAGCUGGAACAAGCAAAACCGCCGACACUGGGCCCACGAGAAGAGCUGACGUUGCACAUCAUAGACCCCCGCAGAAGAGAAAAGGUAGAAAUGGCAGUAGGAGAAGAAAUGUACGUGCUGAGUAAAAGGUACAGAGAACCGGAGGAAGAAGAGGAAAGGUACCCUGACAACAUAAUGAUGCUGUACGACCGAAGAGGAAAGCCAGUGUUUAGAGUAAGCUACCCGCCGGAGGAGAAGCCAGAGCUAGAAGUGCCCAGAGUGAAGCCGAUACCAGAGGUGCCGGAAGCGUUGCCGCCCCGAGAACUGCCGAAAGUGGUGCCAAAACCAGAAGUGAAGCCACCACCAGAAGUGCCAAAGGUAGAACCUGAAGAAGAUAUGGAGAUCAUAGAGAGGAAAGAGGAAGAGAAGCCACCCGAGCCAAUAAUACUCGACAUAACCACGAAGAAAACAACAGAAGAAUUAGGGUUCCUGGUCCAAGAUAAUAUCGCAACGUACCUGCCAAAGGCUGGAAAGGCAUUUAAACUAGUAACAUCAGGAAAUGAUCAAAUAUGGAGGAAGUCAGAGAAAGAGGAGUACGCAAACAAAGUCAUAAUGGACGGAUUGAGCCUAAUGACUACAACGAAAAAUGUAACCGUGUACCUGACGGACGGAAAAAUCAUACACUUCAAUAAGACGCGGAAGGGCUGGAGGAAAAUGGACCCGGAAAUACAGCUUAACAUAAACAGAACCUCAGUAGAUUUUAAGUUCGACUAUAACAUAGGCUUCGACGAAGCAACAUACACGCCGAAGUCAAACUUCAUAUUCAAGGGAAUCAGCGACAACACGGCAAUGAACGAGGUACUCUCAUGGUGCACGCCAACAACAAAGGAAAUACACACCUCGCACGAUAAAGCAGAGUACUCGAAAAAGGUCAUCAGAGACGGAACGGCGUUCAUGGCGAGAAUCAAGCACGUCUCAAUGUACCUGGAAAACGGAACCUAUAAGCACUUCUACAGAAAGUCGAGGUUCCACCCGUGGAGAGAAAUCUCGCAUAAAAUCUCCCUGGACGUAAACGUGAAGGAGACGUGCUACAGAUACGAAUACAAGGUCUACGACACGGGAACGUACUCGCCGAAGUACGACUUCGUCUUCAAAAGAAUAUACCAAAGUCCGCUCGUGUGGAAGUUCAGCGAAGGAGAAGUGAUAUGGAACGCAGAAAAGGAAGAAGAGUGCGCAAUCCUGGUGGUGAUCGACGGAACGGGAGCAAACUCGACGCCGAGCAACGUGACAAUAUACCUGGUCAACGGACAGAUCAGACACUUCUCAAGGCCGACCUUCUUCAGCAAGUGGAGAGAGAUCUCGAAGGAUGUGGCACUGGACAUAAGCAAGAUAGAAAGCACGCUCCAAAUAGACUUCACGCUGCAAGGAAAGUUCCAAUACUACGUAGCGAACCACGACUUUAAGAUAAAGAAGGUGGUGGACAGAAACGUGGUCCUGUGGGAAGCAAAGACGCCGAACUACUGCAAAAGAGCAAUGCUGCGAGGAGCAAGGACGCAAAACAAGGAGCUGACGCUGUACCUGCCAUCAGGACCGAGAAUAUUCAGAAAACAGGGAAAGAAGAACCCGUGGGUGGAAGCAACAGACGAAUCAGCAAUAAAGACAAUAGACGUGACGAAAAACCUGGACGAAAACAAGAUGGAAGAGAUGAAGAGAAUGCACGAGGAGCUCCUGAAGACGUUCACCCAUGAAAAGGUGCAUAUAACAGUGGAAGGCCUGAGUGAAGGAGAAGAAAGCGGAUAUGAAGUGAAAGAGGAAGGAGAAGACAAGAUAUACGAGCUGAAGAAGGACAAAAAGUGCCUGGAGGUUAAGUACGGGGCAAGGUCGCUGUGGAAAUACGACAAGGAGAAGUACUGGGAACUGUACCCGAAAAAGAUACAUUUCAUGAAGGGUAAGCUCCUGGUAAUAGUGGACUUCGACAUCGCGGGUCUGCUCUUCAGAUACGGCCCGAAGGAGGAAAUGAACCUGAUCUACAGCAGAAGACCAGUGCCGCUGGAAGUCGACCUGGAAGACUUCGAGCCGAUGGACGAAAUCGAGUACAACGACCAGUCGUCGUACGCGACCUACGAGCCGAAACAUCACUACUCGAUCAAUCCGCUGAAGUGCGGAAACGUGAAAAUACAUGACACCAACGACUUCUUCAACUACAUCCUGAAACUGAAGGUGGAGCCUGCGAGGAACGCGAAGCUUGUGUACAUAGAGCUCGUGAACGGAAAGAAGAAGCACUUCACAAAAACGGACGAAAAAACGUGGAAGGAAAUGUAUACGAAAAUGAAGCGUGGGAGAAAGCAUCCUACUAAAACUAUGUGUGGUCCGUAUAACAGUCAACGCAGCGGGCUUCGUAAAGUUCAUUUGAUUCACACACACGAAGAAUCAAGGUAUGGCUGUUUCAAGCCGUACAAAACAGGGAAAAUUGUGACUAAAGCAGAUCGUCGGAUCAGCUUCAGUCGAAUCGACCGAACACCGAGUUUACAACAUAAAUCACACAGAGGAAUUAGAUCAACGGCUGAAAGGUCGAUGUUGGUUAAUGGAAUCCAGAAUUCCACGAUACCAGUGAAGAUACACAGGAUACUGUGUAUCGCAAAAAGUGAGCGCGCACAGAUGGAGUUAAUCCAUGAAAUCGCAAAAUUAAAGGUGCAGAUGGGUAAGUGGGAAGGGUGUAAGCGGCACACAAGAAAAAGAAAAGAUGGGCCGAUAUGGAAUAACAUAUUAAAAUAA